AUGGAACGUAACGUCUCUUUCAGCUGGACCGACGACGGUGUUGAGCACAAAUCCUGCAAUGGAUCAAAAUCAAAUGGGCAAACAGGCACCUCUUCAUAUUUGUUGUGUAUUUUUGUAGGUUCUUUGUCUGUUCUGGUAACAUGUGGAAACCUGCUUGUGAUAACUUCCAUUAUGUAUUUCAAACAGCUGCACACUCCGACCAACUACCUCAUCCUGUCUCUGGCUGUGGCCGACCUGCUUGUCGGAGUGUUUGUUUUACCUCUCAGCACCAUACUGGCUGUAAGCUCCUGCUUGUACCUCCGGUUGCUACUCUGCAGGAUUCGAAGCUUCUUUGACUUGUUUCUGUGUACAACCUCCAUUCUGAAUUUGUGUUUUAUCUCAGCUGACAGAUAUUAUGUGGUGUGUCAGCCUCUCACAUACAGAAGUAAAAUGACUGCCCGUGCUGUCGCCAUCAUGAUUAUGGUGAACUGGUGUGUUCCUGCUCUUUUGACAACUAUGACAGUUUCUCAAGGCAGUCAAAGCGCUUCUAAUGUUGCCUGCAAUUUGUUCAAUGCCUCAAAGUCAACCAUCAUAGGGGUUAUUUGCACAGCUUUUAUUCCAGCCAUCGUUAUUUUUUCCAUUUAUCUAAAGAUUUUGACCGUGGCACUGAGACAGGCACGCAGCAUCAAGAACACUAAGUCUGGAGCGGCUGCCAGUAAGUCAGAGGGAAAGGCCACCAAAACUUUGGCAAUAGUAGUUGGAAUUUAUCUCAUGUGUUGGACUCCUUACUUUCUUUGCAUAUCUCUUUACCCUUUAAUUAAGAACACUGUACCAGUUUCUUUGAUUGAAGCUUUCAAGUGGCUUGGGUGGUCAAAUUCUAUGUUUAACCCAUUUGUUUAUGGAUUUUUCUACAAGUGGUUCAGAUCUGCUUUCAAAAUAAUCAUAUCUGGAAAAAUAUUUCAAGGUGACUUUUCUAAUUCAAAGCUGAGUUGA